CAGUUAAGAGACCAGCUCAAAUUUAGGCCAUGUCCUUGGGGGGUUUUUAGCUCUACCUCUCUGGAUUUUAUACCUGAAAAUCCGGUGAGCUGAUGGUUUUGAUUUGACUUGGAACCCAACGAACACCGCGUCACGGGUCUAUCGAUCAAAACCCAUAUUUUUGGAUUUUCCAAUUCAAAGUCUCCUCCCUCUUCUCUUCUGGAUUGACCAUACACAAUUUACAACUAAGAAUUAAUUGCUAUAGAAUAAUUUUGCAUUUUUAUUUUCUUGAAUUUCUUAUUAUAACUUGAAAAUUUAUCGUUUGGUCACAAUAGUGAGGCUUUUAGAAUCAAGUAUUGUGAGGGUUUGGUCAGAAAAUGUGAUGUGAUUUUAGCACCAGAUGGAAAAGCCAAGAAUAUCAUGCAGUUUUACCAAUUUAGGUUCAUCUUCAUUUUUGGUCUAAAGUGUAAAGUUUGAUACCCCAACGCCAACGCUCUCCUGCACUUUCCCUAGUGUAAGUUUUCUGGUGUAUAUAGCCAAGUCCUUCAGCAAAAAUGGCGACCAAGGUGAAGGGUAUUUUUAAAGGCCUAAGAUACAUAUCACAAAUAUUUGAUGAAAAAGAACCAGAAAUGCAAAUUGGCUAUCCCACAGAUGUAAAGCACGUUGCGCAUAUUGGAUGGGACGGUCCAUCUGCAGAUUCACCGAGCUGGAUGAGGGAGUAUAAAUCUACCCAAGAAGACUCAUCCGGGACAUUGGAUUCUUUUGGAGAAGCCACAUUGUCAUUUGAAGAUAAAAAGCCAAGUGGCCCUGAAAUUCAAGAACCACUGCUUGGAAAUAUUAGAUCAUCAAGUAAUGGUUCACCCGGUAUCUCCCCACGCUGGAGCUUAGAUGCACAAAAGUCCUCGAGGCAUCACAGCUUAAUGGAUUCGUUGGAUUCUCCAACACCAUCACCAUCACCAUCACCAUCACCAUCACCAUCACCAUCUAGCACAACACGACACACGAGGCGUCUCCGGAAUUUAAACCAUGGACAUGACUCACCAUCACAAGACUCGCCUCCUGUCCCCAAAUACUCUCGACGGAGGAAAUCAAAGGGAUUAUCUGGAUCUAGUGGUGGCUCAAUAAGGUCGUCGAGGAGUAAAGGCCAGAAUUCAUUACCAGACAUUCCUUUCUCGGACACGGUAUUCGGGCCUGGAUCUGGGCAUGAUGUGAAGAACAAUGAGAGUAAUCUAAUCUCAGUUUUGGAAGAGAAGGAAGAGGGAGGAGGACAUAUGUGAUUUUUAAUUUAAUCUAAUCUAAUUGAA